UGUAUUUAGCGCAGAAAUGUCAUUUUUUAGGGAACCUAGAACAACAGCAAAGCUGAGGUCAAACUGCAAUCACGAUGGACAUCAAGGAAGCUGUGUUUGGGACAAAAAGAAAUCAAGAUAAGCAACAUGAACCGUGAAGACCGGAAUGUGCUGCGCAUGAAAGAACGGGAAAGGCGGAAUCAGGAAAUUCAGCAGGGUGAAGACGCCUUCCCACCUAGCUCUCCUCUGUUUGCUGAGCCAUAUAAAGUUACUAGCAAAGAAGAUAAGUUAUCAAGUCGUAUUCAGAGUAUGCUUGGAAACUACGAUGAAAUGAAGGAUUACAUAGGAGACAGAUCUAUACCAAAGCUUGUUGCAAUUCCCAAGCCUGCAGUACCAACGACAACAGACGAGAAAGCAAACCCAAAUUUUUUUGAACAGAGACAUGGAGGCUCUCAUCAGAGUAACAAAUGGACUCCUGUAGGACCUGCCCCCAGCACUUCUCAGUCUCAGAAACGGUCCUCUGGCUUGCAGAGUGGACACAGUAGCCAGCGGACCAGUGCAGGUGGUAGUGGCACUAGUAGCAGUGGCCAGAGACAUGACCGCGACUCCUACAGCAGUAGCCGGAAAAAAGGCCAGCAUGGGUCAGAGCACUCCAAAUCACGAUCCUCAAGCCCUGGAAAACCCCAGGCUGUUUCUUCAUUAAGUUCUAGUCAUUCCAGGUCUCAUGGGAAUGAUCACCAUAGCAAGGAACAUCAGCGCUCCAAAUCACCUCGGGACCCUGAUGCCAAUUGGGAUUCUCCUUCCCGUGUCCCCUUUUCAAGUGGGCAGCAUUCAAAUCAGUCUUUCCCACCUUCUUUGAUGUCAAAAUCUAGUUCAAUGUUACAAAAACCCACUGCCUAUGUUCGGCCCAUGGAUGGACAGGAGUCUGUGGAACCAAAGCUGUCCUCUGAGCACUACAGCAGCCAGUCUCAUGGUAAUAAUAUGACUGAGCUGAAGCCCAGCAGCAAAGCACAUCUCACCAAGCUGAAAAUACCUUCUCGACCUUUGGAUGCAUCAGUUUCUGGUGAUGUAAGCUGUGUGGAUGAAAUACUUAAAGAGAUGACGCAUUCAUGGCCUCCCCCUCUAACGGCUAUUCAUACACCAUGCAAAACAGAACCUUCCAAAUUUCCUUUUCCAACUAAGGAGUCUCAGCAGUCUAACUUUGGCCCUGGGGAACAAAAAAGAUACAGUGCUUCUGCUAAAACAUCAAAUGGGCACCAGUCAAAAUCUAUGUUAAAAGAUGACUUAAAACUAAGCAGCAGUGAAGACAGUGAUGGGGAACAGGAUUGUGAUAAGACAAUGCCAAGGAGUACACCAGGAAGUAACUCUGAGCCUUCACAUCAUAACAGUGAGGGAGCAGAGAACUCCAGGGAUGACUCGAGCAGCCACAGUGGAUCUGAAAGCAGCUCUGGCUCCGACUCGGAGAGCGAGAGCAGCUCCAGUGACAGCGAGGCCAAUGAGCCUUCACAGGACGCAUCUCCUGAGCCUGAACCACCACCAACAAACAAGUGGCAACUUGAUAAUUGGUUGAACAAAGUGAACCCACAUAAAGUGUCCCCAGCUUCUUCUGUAGACAGUAAUGUCCCAUCAUCUCAAGCCUACAAAAAAGAAGGCCGAGAACAGGGUGCUGGGAAUAACUAUACUGAUCCUGGAGGACCAAAAGAAACAAGUUCUGCUACUCCAGGACGAGACUCUAAAACCAUCCAAAAGGGAUCAGAAAGUGGACGCGGGAGGCAAAAGUCUCCUGCACAGAGUGACAGCACCACACAGAGGAGAACUGUCGGCAAAAAGCAACCCAAAAAGGCUGAGAAGUCAGCUGCUGAAGAGCCCCGCGGAGGCCUGAAGAUAGAAAGUGAAACCCCUGUAGACAUGGCCACCAGCAUGCCCUCCAGCCGGCACAAAGCCGCCACCAAGGGCUCGAGGAAACCCAACAUCAAAAAGGAAUCGAAAUCCUCUCCUCGACCUAUAGCAGAGAAAAAGAAAUACAAGUCAUCAAGUAAAUCCUCCCAGAAAUCUAGGGAAAUCAUAGACACAGAUACCUCGUCCUCAGAUUCAGAUGAGAGUGAGAGCCCCCCUCCUUCCUCACAGACUCCCAAGUACCCCGAAAGCAAUAGGACUCCUGUCAAGCCCUCCUCCGUGGAGGAAGAAGAUAGCUUUUUUCGGCAACGAAUGUUCUCUCCUAUGGAAGAGAAGGAGCUCCUUUCCCCACUCAGUGAGCCCGAUGACAGGUACCCACUUAUUGUCAAGAUUGACCUGAAUCUCUUGACUAGAAUACCAGGAAAGCCUUACAAAGAAACAGAACCUCCCAAGGGGGAAAAGAAAAAUGUGCCAGAAAAACACGGGAGAGAGGCACAGAAGCAAACCUCAGAAAAGGCUUCCAACAAAGGCAAGAGGAAACACAAGAAUGAUGAUGAUAACCGAGCCAGUGAGAGCAAAAAACCCAAAAUGGAGGACAAGAACUCAUCAGGCCACAAGCCAUCCAGCAACAGAGAGUCAUCUAAGCAGAGUAGUACAAAAGAAAAGGACUUGCUACCUUCACCUGCUGGGCCUGUUCCUUCAAAAGAUGCAAAACCAGAGCAUGGCUCUCGGAAGAGGACUGUCAGUCAGUCAUCUUCCUUAAAAUCCAGCAGUACCAACAACAAGGAGAAUAGUGGCAGCAGCAAGAGUAGUUCCUCGACUUCAAAGCAGAAGAAGACCGAAGGGAAGGUUUCCAGCAGCUCCAAAGAGGCCAAGGAAAAGGCUCCAAAUAGUUCUUCUAAUUGUCCUCCAUCUACACCAACUCCUGAUUCUUCGAAGCCUCGGAGAACAAAGCUUGCCUUUGAUGACAGAAAUUAUUCAGCAGAUCAUUAUUUACAAGAAGCAAAAAAACUCAAACACAAUGCAGAUGCUUUGUCUGAUAGGUUUGAGAAAGCAGUGUACUACCUUGAUGCUGUAGUGUCUUUCAUUGAGUGUGGGAAUGCAUUAGAGAAGAAUGCUCAGGAAUCCAAGUCCCCGUUCCCAAUGUACUCAGACACUGUGGAGCUCAUCAAAUACACUAUGAAACUAAAGAAUUAUUUGGCACCAGAUGCUACAGCUGCAGACAAAAGACUCACAGUACUCUGCCUGAGAUGUCAGUCAUUGCUGUACCUGAGGCUGUUCAAACUGAAGAAGGAGAAUGCUCUGAAGUAUUCCAAGACACUGACCGAACACCUGAAGAAUUCUUACAGUAAUUCUCAAGCACCUUCACCUGGCUUGGGGAGCAAAGCCGUUGGGAUGCCCUCUCCUGUUUCUCCAAAGCUGUCACCAGGCAAUUCUGGAAGUUAUUCUUCUGGGGGCAGUAGUGCCUCAGCAAGUGGUUCUUCAGUGACCAUUCCACAGAAGAUCCACCAGAUGGCAGCAAGCUACGUCCAGGUUACUUCUAACUUCCUCUAUGCCACUGAAAUUUGGGACCAAGCUGAACAGCUUUCCAAAGAACAAAAAGAAUUCUUUGCUGAACUGGACAAAGUCAUGGGCCCUCUCAUCUUUAAUGCAAGCAUCAUGACAGAUCUGGCUCGUUACACCCGGCAGGGACUGCAUUGGCUUCGGCAGGAUGCCAAGUUGAUAUCUUGAACUGAACAUAUUCUCGUUGCCUCUGAUUUUUUCCACAACACUGUGUCACAUCACAAAGGAAAACUGCCAUAACACACCACCUAGUCGACACUAAGAAUGAGGAAUGGUUUUCUCCUUUUUGGUUUAUACUGUUGUUUCUUAUAACCCAAAGCCAUCAUAUCAAUUGACCCUUCCAAUAUUCCCAAUGUGACAAGUAUUUAAAUGCUUCUAAACCUGCAGUACAUCAGCAAGAUGGUUUCAGUAAUUGGAAUUCCAGUUACAAUUCAUAAAUAAUCAAGUAAAAUUCUAUUUAUUUUCAUUUUUUUCAAGUUCCCAGAUUGGAGCUUGUUUAAGCCUAAUUAUUCCUGCCUAUAAAUUUAUUCUGUUGAAUAUUUAGCAUAAAUUUAAUGUAGGCAUUUUAUUUAUAUAUUUGGGGAGUUGUGUUACUUAAUGUCUUCUAAGAUAAGAGUUGGCUUGUCCAAGACAGGACAUGUUCUUUCUACAGCUAAUUACCUGAUGUUAUUUCAAGUCUUGCUACAGUUUUACUAUGGUAGGACGUAUGCUUGGUAUAAGGAUGCUCUUCCACAUGGAAAAAGUCACUUAAAUAUGAGUGGCAUUCUACAUGGGUGCAAAAAUGAAGUGGGUCUGGUUUGAUAUGCAUUAUUUCAAAACUGUGAAUGUGUGUUAGGAACACUAGCAAUCACAAGGUGACUACGGUGCAUCUAAUGCAUUACAGCAAAGCAGAUAGACUUGCUGGGGAAGCACAUCAUACUGAAUGGCUUCACAAAGGACAAUCUAACUGUGGGUUAUUAAAACCUUGGAUUCUUUGUUUUGUUUUGUUUUAUACUCAUUUGACACUUAAUUGAAGCAGAGUAAGUUACUCCUAAAAACAAACAGAAAACGGUGAUCCAGUUUCUGAAGGUUGCAGCCUGUUUCGUUGGUAAUGGUUGAAGGUUGAAGUCUGCAGAUCUCCCCUAUGGUGGAGAGAUUAUGAUGCUCAGAUAUGACCAUGCAGUAACUGGAGCUCGGAAGGAGGUGUCCCAACGUCUAAUGUGGAGAUGAUGAAUUUCUCUUUCCGAAGACCCUCAUCAGUGAUGUAUGCUUCUGAUGGGAUCUGAAAACUCACACUAGCUUCUGGGCGUGGUUGUGCAUGCCUGUAAUCCCAGCACUGGGUAUUGGUGACAGAAGGAUCAGAAGUUCAGGGUCAUCCUCAGGCUACAUAAAGCUAGGCAGUGAGUUUGGGGCUAGCCUGGGCUACAUGAGGCCUUGUUACAUUAAAAAAAAGAAAAAGAAAAUUCAUACUAGAAAAGUACCUAACUUGGCUCAGUAUGAGCUCUCUUGGAAAGGGGAAAAUAAUAGGGGUAGUGCUUAGGAAGCCAGCUCUGUAACAAUUCCUUAUCAAACUACUGUUCCCAACAAGGUGCGUAUAGCAGUGAAGGAUGAGGGAUGUCUCUCUUCCUCUAUACUUCUUUUUAAUGACCCCGUCAUGUCUGGUGUGCCUUAAAUCUUAACUUUUAAUGAUAACUCUAUGGAUUGUUUACAGAUAAAGUUUUACGCUGGGACCAGAUUAGCCGUUCAUGGUUGGUCCUCCACAAUAAUAAUUUUAAAUUCUCUUUGAUUUUAAAUCUUCCUUUAGAGUCACAUUAAGACAGAUUCCCUCAGAAAAGCUAGUGCUUUGGUACCUGACUUAGUAUAAUCAAUUGGCUAUAAUGCUGCUUCAGAAAAUGGCUUUUCCUUCUCAUUCCAAAAAUCCAUCCAAUUGGGGAGAAAAUUCCCUAUUAUUAGGAGAUGAUUGUUCAGCUUGAAAUGGGGAAGGGGAAGAGAGAUAGCAUAUCCUCACAUGCAGUGGUGUCGUGAAUCCUCUCUUCUAGUCUCUCUCACCACCUGUUUCUGAAGAUAGUGAACCUUGCCCUGCAGUCUCAUAUUUACAGAGCUUAACUGCUUUGUACCUCAUUAUUCUUACAUGCCGUUGAGGGUUGGUGUCUACAGCUUAUGCUGAAUUUCACAUGUUUCCCUUGGAGAAAUUGCCUCUGAUACCUUGCUAAUUUAAUUGUAGUGUGUUUAAGGAAUACUUUUUCUUCAGAGGCCAUUGUCUCCUCUCUUGUGCUAGUGACUUCCAUGGUCUAACAGUUGUCUGUCCUGUCCUGUCCUGUCCUGUCCUGUCCUUCUCUCUCACUCUGGCUCCUUAACUUCAGCGAGGUCUUGGAAGUGGAACAAGCGCCCUCUGGGCUUUUAGACUUCAGCAGCUGCAGUGCUGGCCUCUGCUUUCCAGCUCUGGUCUGUGUGUCCUGCUAGGCGGCCAGCACAUUCUGGAGUGACACUGGUGUCAUGUUAAAGCAGAGUUUCCACAUGUUUUAUGGUGCUGCUUUAAGAUAUUUUCUCUUUAAAACUGUCAGUUCUUGGAGAAUGAAAUUGUUAAGCCUUUUGUUGUGGAGGAUUUUCCCCACCAGUUAGAAAUGGGCAAUGGAUCAAAAUCCGAUCCUAGGUGAUUGAAUUUUGAUGUCAUAGUGUGUGAGAAUACAGUCUCUUCUUUCUCUGUGUCUCUUUACAAACGUUUUGUCUUAGUCAUGUCCAGCACAUACCUUGACUCCUUUACAAGUGACCAUUCCUCCCUUCUCAGUAGGUGCCCUCAGUGGUUUUUAGCCAUUUAAAACUGAUUUGACAAGUGGCUACAAACUUAGUCUGAAACUUGUAUUCAGUGUAUAGUUAGUAAUAGGAAUAGCAACUAUCUUUAAUACUCAGUUCACUGCUCUGAAGAUCACACUCCUAUGCCAGGAGGCAGCAGCAUGCACCGUUAGACUCUGGACAAGCAUCCCACACGAUUUCAGUGAUAAAACUGUCACAGUAGUCCUGCCUGGGAGAGGCUGGGCUGUGGGGAGCAGUCCCCUCUGGGCAUUCAAGAUUACACAGCCUAGCCCAUGCCCCAUUCUGGCUGGAGAACACCAGCCCUUUCCUUGCUCAGUGACACCUUUUUCUGGGCAAGAAGCUAUGAAGUCACUUUAAUAUCAGUGAUUCUUCAAAUGUAUUCACAGAUAUAGCUGCUGAAGGGAGAAGAUUGACCACUACUGAUUUAAUUCUCCAAUGUAAAAGCAAUUCAGAGUAAUGUGUGCACGUGCCCGCACUUGCCUGUUUUUCUGGGAAGCUCUUGCACUAGGGAGUUAUAGGCAUCUGGGCUGCACUUUGAAUGACACACUUGUGGCUUUAGAGUAGCCGUUGUUGUUUUUGUUGUUUUGUCUUGUUUUUAAUUGUUCUUUGUUUCUUUUCAUUAAAGAUUUAAUUGGCUAGAUUAGGCAGCAUCAUUUGUAUUUAACCACUGAAACUUUGGUACAUUGAUGUUUAAUGAAUGAGCUUGCAUUGUGUAGCCAUGGCCUACAAAGGUUCUUGUCAGAAGUACAAGCGCUGCCUGAGGCCAGUGCUCAGAGGAGUUUGUAGUGCAGCCGAUGAGAGCUCCAUCAGAGGAUGCCUAGCUCAGUUGAGAAGGGAGAUGCUGUGCACUCUUCUAGGUCUGAGGGUAUGCAACUUUGAAUCUUAAAAUUAUGUACACAUACACACUUUAUAUAUAUGUACGUAUGUAUGUAUGAAAACAUGGAAUUAGUUUGUCAAAAUGUGUGUGUUUAGUAUUUUAGCUUAGUGCAACUAUUUCCACAUUAUUUAUUAAAUUGAUCUAAGACACUUUGUUCUUGGCACCUUGAAUAUUAACAUUCAAGGGUGCAAUGUGUAUUCCUUUAGAUUGUUAAAGCUUAUUACUAUGAUUUGUAGUAAAUUAACUUUGAAAUAUAUCUGAGCCCUUCUGUAGUGUAAUAGGGCUCUUACAGGGUGGGAAAGAUGUUCAUUUUCCAAUAGCUAAGUGAACAAAAUGGCUCCAUUAUAUAUUUUGAUUUAUGGGAGUCUAUGGGUGUCUGGGCCCCAAGAACAUCUACUGAGGCUGACUGUUUUAGGCCGGGGGUGGUGAUGGGUGGAUGAGACCUAAGUGACUGGGGAGCCAGAGCACCUUGUUCAAGUCUGCAGACUCCUGUAACUCAUAGUCCCCUAGGGUGUGGAAUACAAAUCCCUUCCAUCUUCACAUCUCAGUUGGAGAGGCAGACUUCUUUCCCAGUAGUAUUGCACACCUACUGUUGCUGUGAGUAAAAUCAGCAGAAAAAAUUAUGAUUGAGUGACUGGGAAGAUGCACUGGUCAGGCCCAGUUGCCACAUUUGUGAAUGUACCUUUCACAUACUUAACAGUGGAGGCAUUCAGCUUCGACUUUCAGACCCUGAAACCAAGCCAGCAAGUAACAUAAGUCCUUAAGGUUAGAGAAGGCCAGGAGUGCUGGUCAUACCCUGAGGCAAAGGUCAGCCUUUGCUGGGUAGUGAGCCUGAGCGACUGAGACCCACUCUCCAAGAAUAAAUACAUUUGGAAGUCAUUCAGUGAACCCGUUGUGGUGGUGCGUGCUUUAAUCUAGCACUUGGACUAUCAGUUUGAGCCCAGCACGCACUACCUAGAGGGACCCUGUGGGGAGAAGCGGAGUGGAGUAAGAGGACUGACUGGUCUGCAGAACUCCUGCAGUUCUCGUCAACUAAACCCAGGGUUCAUUAACAAGAACUUGCUGUCUCCAGAGCAGGGCAUGGAAACAGAAGCUACAUCUGUCUUGUGGAUGGAAUUUAGAAAAGGCGUUGGGGUGAAGUCUCAACUAAGUCAGAGGGCUCAGCUCAAAUAGCUAAUUUUGAAGAAGUUGAUUUUCAGAAAUGUCCGCAUGCGCCUCUCUCCUUGCUGCCGUUGCUCAGCUGAACUCAUCAUCCUUAAACACGGAGAAGCUCGCAGAUGAGUGUGGACAAGCUCCCACCCAGAAAUCCUAGUAACACUUGGCUUUGACCUUGCUGCUUCUGUGUUAGGUUUCUUCUCAGCUUUUAGCCACUGGGGUUUCUGCCUGUUCUGUACCUCUCUGGAAGACAUCAGUUUGGAAGGGCUGUCUUUCAAACCAAUGCCAUGGCUUCUGUAUUGUGGAGCUUGUUGUCGUCUCAGAGGUGUCCCCAUUAUGCACACACCUGGCACAUCACUGACAUGAGCAGUCAACAGUACUGGGGGGUGGGGCUCACCAACAGCGCUGGCUCACUUGGCAGGGCCCGCAAAGGCCACACUUGAGGGCCAGAUGCCCAGUUGGUAAGCACAGUUAGGGAAAUUUCUACCUAGCCUCCGUUUUGAAUGAUUUUGAGAAAUUUUAUAUAUGGAGGAUGGAAAUUCUUAUAUAUUUAUUGAAGAUCUUUUUAUUUGAAAUUAAAAUCGUUUGGUAAAUAAUGGUUUGCUAUUUGGGGAGGGUUCUGGAGGGAAGGUAACAUGAUUGAUGAAGUACAGGCCUAUUGCCUCUGCAGAAAGGCGCCGUGGCUGACAGGAGGCCUUCAUCUUGUACAUGAUCCAAUCUUUGUCUUACGUUUAUUUUAUCCAAAACAUCUAGGCAUCUGACACUUUCAACCAAAAUUUCAAUUGUAUACUGUGAUUUUUAUUUGUUGCAAUACAUUAAAAUUCAGAGGUACUUUGGGGCUCAAAAGCUAGAAUUUCUAAGUCAGUAUGUGCAUUUCACAUAAUAAGCUGUUAAUGGUGAGCAAAGUAUUAUAUACUAACUAGAUUUUCCACAUCUGUAUAGUAUAUUAUAUGUAUUUUGUGGUAUUGAGAUUAUAGAAAGUUUAGAGUGUCAAACAUGCGUUUAAUGUGUAUUUUUAAACAAAUUUAUGGCAAUUAAAAUAUUUGGAAACAAGGGUAUCACAUUUCAAUUUGUAAAACUUUUUAACUCUACUGUGUCAUUACGAUGCUUUGUAUAAUGCCAAACCAUAGCUGGAGAAACUAAGUUUAAUAAAUAUCAGAUAGCUUUUCUGUAUAACGUU